ACUUCUGCGCGUGUUCAAUGGCUGCGAACGUCGAUAAAAUUGCUAAAAAUUUGCUUUUCACGCGUUAUUUAAGCAACAAUAACAGUAAAUACACAAACCAUAUACAAAACUGAUAGUGCGUGCAGCAAAUUGCCAAUGGCCCAAGCCCUCGAAUUAAGCAAAAAGUGAGCUCAAAACACAAGCACAUCAAUAGUGAGCAGAGAAAAAAGAAAAUGCAAAGCGCAAUGUGAGAAGUGCAAAAAAAUUUCCUAUAUUCACAAUUUCAGUAGCGCAACAAAAUUUGUGCGCGGUAAGCAAACACGCAUAAUUGUGAAAUUCAAGCGCGUGUUUUUUCGCCCCUAUUACGCAGCCAAAUGCGCAAAAAUAUUAGAAAAUAAAACAAAAAUUGUAUAAGCACUGCGACGACGUCUGGCCUAUCCACACACAAGAAGGUAGACGAAAAGAGCGCAGGGCAAGGGGUGUUGUUCUUGUUCAGAAAAACGCGCGGCCGCCGCUCCGCUGGGCGCUCCAUUGCCUUGCCUCGCUCAGUUGUGCAGCGAGCGUCCGUGCCGUCGGUUGUGGUUGUGACUCCUCUCUCUCUCUGUAUAUACUUGUUUUGCGCGCGUAAAUAUUGCUGCGUGUCCGCCCCGGCAGCUGCUACUGCGAGCAGCAGCUGUAAAAAGAAGCUCAACUUAGCAAACGGUAAACACAACGUCGCUGUACGGCAUGCAAAGCGCAUAAAUGCAAAAAGAUGAUGGAAACAUUGGAACAGCAACAAACAAAGAGUACGCCUAACAGUGAGCCCCAUGCGGGCAAUACGGAAACGACGCCGGCAGCCAGCGAAGAGGAUGACAUUGAAGAGCAUUGCAAUGCGUUCGAGCUGGAAAAGGAGGAGAAAAACAGCAGCAGCCCGCUACGUGAGCUUAGUCUAAAAAACGUAGCUGAGCAGGAUGAAGAGCAAAGUCGCCUAGAGAAUGGACGAGAUACAGAGGAGGAGCCGGCAGCUUCACAAGAGACGGCGCAAGGUACAUCUUCAACUGCCGACAGCUUAGACGAGUCGUUUGAGCUGCCAGCCGAAAGUUCUGUGAAAGUGGAGUGCGUAGAGGACGUGGGGGAUACUGCUGAGGGUAGCGAUGCCGAAGAGAAGCCGUCCACAUUGCUCGACGCCCAAAAGUCGCCAAUCGACAUUAAAGUUGAAACGAAAAGUCCUUUACCAGCGCUCAAAGACGAUUUUGCUGACGAACCCUCCUCCUUGCCCGGCAAGCCAGAUGAGCAACAGAACGGAGAGAUUGCGACAGCAGGUUCGCCAGCAAUGCAAUUUGAUACGGAAGCUUCGCUUCAUGAUGAGUUAUCCUUAACAGAUAACAUAAAAGUUGAAGAGAAAAGUCCUUUGCCAUGCAUUAGGCCAGAUGAAGAAGAUGUCUCUUCGCCAGCGAUUAAAAUGCCCGUAGAGAAUUCUCCAUAUGAGCAGAAGAGCAUUUGUGAAACAUCUUCGCCCGUGUACCGAGUCGUUGGGGAGAGUUUUUCUAAUGAUGAAGAGGAUAAUGUUUCACCCACGAUAAAAGUGAUUGAGAAAAAAUCUUCACCUGCCAACCUGCAAGAGGAAGAAAGAUCAUCAUCGUUUUCAUCUGCACUUAAGAUCUCUAACGACAUUAAAAUCGAGGGCGAUGAAGAUUUUUUAGACCGAGUGCAAGGAAACGACGACGACGGAGAGGAGGAGCAGGAGGAUGAGGCGGCAUCGUCACCUGCAUUCAAAAUCGAUGAAGAUGAAUUUGCUUCAACUGCAAACGCAACCAAGGAAAGGGAAUUAACAUCACCUGCAACAACAGCUGCGACGCCUGUGUAUAAAAUCAAUGAUCUUUCACCUGCCAGCAUACCAGAUGAUGAUGAUGAUGAGGACUCCUCACAAGGAUUUAAUGCUGAAAUUAAAAUCGAGGAAGCCAGUCCAAAGUUGCCAAAAAUUGAGCGCAAAUCCCCCAUGGAAAUCAUCAAGAUUGAGUCUGAUUCUGAGGAUGAAGAUGUGCAGGUAGAGGUGGAAAAUGAUGUGGAUGAAAUUGAAGGUAAUCAAACAACUGCAACAGAUUCUCCCCAAUUGGAGCCACAAAUUGAGCAAAGUGAUAAUUUGAUUAAGCAAAAGCAAAAAAUGGAGACGCCAAGGACGCCGUCGCCGUCGCUGCCGUCGCUUAAGGUGAAAAUAAAUGGCGCACAUGCAGCUAUGGAAGAACUGCAGCCGAUGUCCGAGGUGGAGCAGGAGAGAAUGCAGGAUGCAGUGCAACAGUCUGUGAUAGCAAAUAACGAGAAGGAAGAGCAGCUGGAGCUGCACCACAGCGAAAGAAGAAGCAGCCGUAGCAGCAGCAGUAGCUCUGUCAGCUCCACCUCACAGCAGCUGGUCAUUGAUCAGCCCGAGAGCGAGCAGCAGCUGCGAAAACAGCAGCAGCAGCAGCAGCAGAGUCAGGAGCCAGAGCCGGAAAAGAAUCAGCAAUUGUUGCUUGCAUUGAAGCGCAGGCGCAGCGGCAGCAACAGCAACAGCGACAGCGACAACAACCCAAAACCAACCGCCAAACAGCAGUGCGUGGAGACGGAGACGUCGACGGAGGAGCAACAGCCGUCAUCCUUGCUAUUGCAGCGUCUGCAGGCGCCAGCGCCAAAUAGCGGCGAUCUGGAACAGCAACUCAGCUGCUACAAGUGCAAUGCAAACAAAUUUGAGAAUUUUCAGCAGCUAAAUGCGCAUUUCGCGCAAUGCAAGGCACACACCGAAGCAGCAGCAGCAACAGCCACAACGUCAACAGCAGAAGUAGCAGCAGCAGCAGCAACAGCUGCUAUCCCAGCGCCAGCUGCUGUUGCCGUGCCCUUGGCCAGUCCCGCUCCAGCUCCUGCCCUCAAGAAAGAGCGCUUCUUUCGCUGCGCCCGCUGCAGCACUGUGCAUCAGUGUUGGAACUUUUUUCUGCACAUGCGCGAGGUGCAUCAGCGUUACAUUUGUCUGUACUGUUCUCAUGUGUUUGCUAGCGUUGAGAAACUGUCGCUGCAUCUGGAGAACAAGCACGACAUGGAUCAGCGUCAUUUUGCCAACAUUGAGGCGUGGCAAGCGCUGCAAUCGCAAGAGGAUCGUGCCCGAUAUUUGGUCUGUUGCAAUUGCCAGGCAAGCUUCGCGCGUGGCAGCCAUUUCGAUGAUCAUGACUGCGCCGAGCUAAUGCAGCCCUGCGCGCUCUGCGGCCAAAAGGCUGGGCAUGCCAAUGGCUGUCGCAAUAGCAGCAGCACCACAGCCACCACCGCCAACAACAGCGGCAGCAGUCGCAAGAAGACGGCGGCGCGACGCAAACGCAAGACGGCCAAGAGCAAGCAGCUGCCCAACCAGCAGUUGGCCGAAGAGCAGCCCAAGGCUAACAAUCAACAGGAGGAGGAAUCCAACUGGAUGGAGACGGAUGCGUUGGUGCCUCCAGAAGUGCCACCACAGCCAACGACAUUGCCUGAAAACAACAUUCCAGCGCCAAUUGAAGUUGCGCCACAAGAGGAUGCGGUGCCCAAGCUGGUGGUGCCGAAGAUGAUGCUGCGCGUGCCGAAAGAGUUUCAGAAAUCUGUGGACGCAGCGCUCAGCAGCACAGACACUGAGGAUGAGGACAACGAUGAGCUGGCAACAUCAGCAGCAGCAGAAGCGGCAGAUGUAGGAGAAUCCGAAAGCAGGAGCAGUGCGGUGCCGCUGCUCACCGUGGAUGCAGUGGAGCAGCAGCAGCAGCAACACUUGCAGCCCAUGUCAUCAUUAUCGGAGGACACGGAAACCGCCACUGAGACAGCGUCCACGUUUCAGGAAACGGCUCCCACAAUGCCCGCGAAUGUUUCACUAAACGAUUUGGAAGACGAUGAGGAUUCGCCUGCGUUAAAGUUGCCGCUGGUGCUGGCCGAAUUCGAGCGCACCAAAUUGGACAUAGAGCGCACCAUGGCGCUCAUGGUGGCCAAGAGGGAGCUACAAGAACAGCAGCAACAGCAGCGCCAGCUGCAGCAGCAGUUGCAGCAACAGCAGCUGCCAACUGAAGUCAAGCAGCAGCGCGGCCGCUGGUCACUAACGCCGCCCGCAUCCCCGCAUAAUAAUCCCAUAAAUGAGACGACGCAUGUGCCAAAUGCGCAGGUGCAGUUGCAUGAUCAGGAGCAGCUGCUGCCGCCGGGUGAAUCGGUAGAGCCAGCGGCAGAGCUGUUGCCUGCGCCUGCGCCGCAGCGACGGGAUACGCUGGGCAGCGAGUGCAUGGAGCUCGAUGAUAGCCUAAAUGAGGAGCAAAAUACGCAGCAAUCGGAGCAGACAGAACAGUCCGAGCAACUGCAGCAGCCAUUGGACGCAGAGCCAGCGGCAAGCGCAACGCCGCCGCCACCACCGCCGCCCGCCGAUGGCAUCGAGGUGGCUGGCGCGGAUACCCACACAGUUGAUCUGCAACUGGACAGGCCGCUGGACAAAUUCGAAAUGGUCGACUUUGUGCGUCUAUGCCUCAAGGCUGUCUAUCCCUUUUGCCUGUACUGCAACCAUGCGCGGCGCAUUGCUGUCAAUGCCAAGCAGCUGGCGUUGCAUCUAAUUGGACAGCAUCGCUUCACGGCCACCGUGGACAGCAUCACGGCCGAGGAGCUGCAGGCGGAGACUAUUGUCGCCAAGCUGAAGAGCUACUUGCCCGCUCUGGAAGGCAAUCACUAUUUGAAUUCCAUGAGCUGUUGCAGCUUGGAGCAGGGACGCUUCGUCCAACCUUUCAAUGAGCGCAUCUACGAGUGUUUCCAGUGUCGCUAUGUGACGGCCACGCAUAAGGAGCUCUACACGCACAAUCGCCGGCUGCACAUUAAGACGAACAUCACGUGCUGCAUGUGCCGCUUGAAUUUCUUUAGCUACAGCGAAUUGCUCUGCCACAUCUGUCCGGGCAUCGCUGCGGGCAACGUCUUCGAUGUGCAAUUCCGUUGCUGUCUGUGUGAGACGGCGCCGUUGGCCUCCGCGUUCCGGCUGAUGGUGCAUCUGCGGAAACAGCAUCAGGCCUGUGAUAUCUGCCUGGAGGAUUGCCAUACCCAGGCCAAGCUCUCGGCGCACGUGUGGAAGCACAAGCUGUUGCAUCUCUGCUAUCGCUGUGGCAUUGCGUAUCGCAACAAGCAGGACAUAUCCAAGCAUUUGUUCUGGAAGCACGGCACCGAGAGCACCAGCUGUAAGCGAUGCCUGCAGAAACGCUGGCGUCAUGUCUACCAUUUCUGUGUGCCCGCCGCGCAGUUUACGUGCGAGCAUUGCCAGUUCACGUUCAGCAAAGCCAUCUACCUGGAGGUGCAUAAGCGUCAGCAUGUGGGCGAUUAUCGGUAUGCCUGCAAUGAGGAACAGUGCGAGGAGAAGUUCGUUUCGCGCAAGCUGCUGCUGAAGCAUGCGGCACAGCAUGAGGUCAAGCAGCUGGAUGACGACGAGGAGGAGGAGGAGUCGUCCAAGGAUCAGCUGACCAAGCUGGAGCUAGAGGAACAGCGCACAUCGAGCGCAGCUUCAGAUCAGCGCGAAAGCAAUGGGCAGCAGCUUAAGACGGAGAACGAGCCAAUGUCAUCACCUAAGUCAGAGGCAACACAUCAUGUGGAUGGCGGAAAACUGAAAGAUAAAACGCCGCAGCCAGCACUGUCGGGGGCACAGCGGGAGGCGGAGCAGACGCCGCGUAAGCGACGCAAGAAGGCCAAGCGCAACAAGGCCUCGCUGGAGGACCUUAAUCUCAUUGCGCCCAAUCUAUCCGAAUCGGACAGCAGUGACGAUAGCGAUUCAGAUGCCGGACGCAGCACAGGCACACUGCAGGACAGCCAAGCACAUGGCACGCUGCCCAUGCGUGCAUCUGUGGAUGAUCUGGACAUGCCCAGGAUAAUGCUAUCGCCGGCCUCGGAGAGCGACAACGAGGAGCCGAAUAAAGAGUUGAUCAAGUCAGAGACAGAGCCCAAGCAGGAGCAGCAGCUGGAGUCAGUGAAGCAGCAGUCGCUGAAAGCGGAAACGGAAACGGAAUUGGCUGAUGGGCAAAAGCCCAAGCUGGAGACGACAGAUGCAGCUGGCGACACGCAAGAAUUGCCAGAUAUAUGGAAAAAUCUGUUGCAAAAUCAACCGACUGCAGUGGCCAAGAAGGAGCCGGAGGCCCCGGAAGUGCAGCCGACGGAAGAGCAGCUGCGUCCCACGAAACUGCAUGUGGCCUGCUCCGAUCAUGACUACUGCAAGAUGCAGCGCACACCGCCGCCCACGCCAGUGCCCACGCCCGAAAAGCCAUCCCAUGUGACGCCCAACAAGCCGAAGCGUAGCGGCAAUACCGCCUCCAGCGAUAGCGACAGCUCCAGCAGCUCCAGUUCAAAUUCAGAUUCAGACAGCUCGAGUUGCUCGUGCGGCUCCAAUUGUAGCUGCAGCUCCAGCGGCAGCAGCAGCAGCGAUGAUGACUCCGACAAUGAGUCGCAAAAGUCACCCAAGAGCCCCAGCAAGAAGGUGGCAAAGAAGAAUUGCUCGUCGGAACGCAUCCAGGAAUCGCAGAACAACCUCAACAACAACAAUAACAACAACAGCGAGGAAUAUGUGAAUGUGACGAGCAACAAUGAGGAAGAGCUGCGUCCGGUGAUGCCAUCGCCCAAAGCGCCGCUCUACAAUGAAUCUGACUUUGAUACGGCCGUCUCCGAUACGGAUGAGGAGUUCUACGAUGCACAUCCACAGAAAAUGGCCAGCGAGAUGUUGGCACAGAAACGUCUGGCGCUGCUCUCGGCCCAAGCGACAGAGGCGCAGCCGCAGGACGGCAGUGGCAACUAUGGCAUUGUGGAGAACAGUCGUCCAUCGACGCCAUCCCUGCCCGAGGAGGCAGCUGCCUUUGCGGAUAAGCGUGAGCGUGUGGCCAAAAACAAGAAAAAGAAACGUGAACGCAAAUCCACAUGCAAAUCGAUGAGCCAGGCCAAGAUGAUGCCCAGUGGUGUGCCGCAAAUGGUGCCGCCGCAACAGCUGCCGCUGGGCUUAGCCGCAGCAGCCGGCAUCGCAGAAGCCAUCGCAACGCCGCUGCAGCAGCAGCAACAACAAUUGCUGCUGCUGCCGGAAUCACCGCUGACGCCCAUCACACAUCGCCCCAGCUGGCAGCCGCGCAUGAGCGAGGGCAGCAGCUGCUCGGAUGCCGAUGGCCAGCUGAAGCGCUCGAAGCGCACAAGGCGUCCGAACAAAUUCUAUGGCUAUACCAGCGAUGAUGAGAACAUGAGCAGCGUGUUGGCGCCCCCGUUGCAGGUGGGCAUGCAGCUAAUUAAGCCGCAGCCGCCGCCGCAGCUGACCUGGGCCAAGGAGGAUCUGCCGACGCCGGCCAAGCAGCAGCGCAGUCGCAGCAAUCAUGGCGAGCAUCAUAAUCAUCACCAUCAUCAUCAGCAUCAGCAACUGCAGCAGCCGCAGCAGCAGCAGCAUUCGCAUCAGCACAGCAAUGGCAGCACGCGGAAGCGCAACAGACGCACGCCACUAAGCGGAGCCGGCUCCGGCAGUGCCAGGCGCGGGGCCAAGCGUGUCAAGCAGCAGCCUGCGACGCCAGCGGCAACGGUGACAACGCCGCAAGUGGAGCAACUGCAGUUGCCGCCCAUACCGACGCUAAAAAUACGGCCCGCUCUGCUGCCCGUCAGCGCGGCGCCCAGCGACAGCAGCGAUAGCAGCUCGGACGACGAGAAUGCCGAGAUCAAUGUGACCAGUCUGCUGCCGCCCAUACAGGCGCCGUCCGUAAUGAUGCAGCAGCCGCCAGUGGUCGUGGCGCCGGCACCGGUACCGUUGCCAACACCGCCGCCGCCGCCCGCGACAACCGCCUUCAAUCAGCCCAUACCGCCGGCGCUGCUGCCGAAUCCGGACUUUGCCACGCUGCAGUACUUCAAGGCGAAUAAUAUACGAUAUCCCAUACGACCGCCGGCUGGGGCACGUCUGGCCCGUGAGGGUGAAUCGGUAUAUUGCUAUUGCCGUUGUCCCUACGACGAGGUCUCCGAGAUGAUUGCCUGCGACGGUGACAAUUGCCUCAUCGAAUGGUUCCAUUUCGAGUGCGUUGGCAUCAUGGUGGCGCCGCAGGGCAAAUGGUUUUGCGCCGAAUGCCGGCCCAAAUAUUCCGAGGGCCUCUAUCCGGGCGUCAAGGCCAAAUAAACUGACGAACUGUGUACAUAGUUCUAGACAACCUAGGUUAAGGUUUACAAAAUCCUAAAUACCCUUUACAUAUUAAAAAAAAGAAAAAACCCCAAAACAGCAACAACACCCACUACAGAAUGGAUUACGCUUAUUAAAUGUUAAAAAUAUAAUUCGAUGUCUCUCCAAAACUUCGGAUCGAUAAAAAAAAACAAAAAAACGAAAGAUUUACAAAAAAAUAUUACACUUAAAGUAAAUGCUAAGGGAAAAGCAGAUUAUAUUAUGGAAUAUAAAUAUAUACCCAGGCUCAAAGGCGUCCCUCGCGACUUGGCUGCAGCAUAAACUAAGCUAAUCUUAAAUAAAUAUCUUUAAUACACACACAUAAUACACUUAAACACAUAUGUAUGUAAUUUAAAGAUAUAUAUAUAUAUAUAUAUAUAUUAUAUUUUUUGUAAAUAUUUGAGAGUUGCAUAUACGAAUCGUAUAUAUAUAUAUGUAUAUGCAAUUGUACAAUACUUAGCUCAUGCAAGAUCUAUAUAAACCCUUAGACUUAACUCUAACCCAGCAUCAAUAGUUAUAAAUAUGAUUAUGAUAAACUCUAAUGACCUAUCGCUAGCUAUAUGUAAACAAACUAAACAAAAAAAAAACAAACAAAAAACAAAAACUAAAAAAACAACAAAAAGCAAACUCUAAUUGCAAACGAGAUGCGAGAAAUAAACAUUCAGUAAGUGAACCAUAAACUUA